CAGAGCUGCCUCUCAAUUUCUGUAUUCGCUCCUGUGUUCCACUUUCUCUUGCUUAUCGCCUCUGAAAUUAGGGAUUUUCUUAAAAUACAGAUACAACCGUAGAAAAAUGGGUCACUCGAACGUUUGGAACUCACAUCCCAAGAACUUUGGCCCUGGGUCGCGUACUUGCCGUGUCUGCGGAAACCCACAUGGGUUGAUCAGGAAGUAUGCACUCAUGUGUUGCAGGCAGUGCUUUCGCAGCAAUGUAAAAGAAAUUGGCUUCAUCAAGUGUGUGAGAAAGGGAGAAGAGUUGAAGAUGUUGUACUUGCUACCACACCUUCACUUAGGGUGGGCAGUCAAUCAAGCCAUUCUCGCGGAGGAGUAACGCCUGG